GCGGUGACAUUUUCAAAAAAAAUUCUUGGGGAACUGAGUAUAAGGAAAAUUGACCCGCCAAGCUACAUAAUAUCCCGUUUUACGAACUUGGCUCUCUGGCUGCAAGAAUUUGAAGGGGAGAGAGAGAGAGAGAGAGAUGAAGAACAAAGGAUGUCGAACUCGCGGUAGUAGGACUUCAGCGGCGAAGCUUCUUGAAACUCCGUCGCCGGAGAAAUCUCCGAAAUCUCCGAAAUCAGCCAUCCUCACCGAUAGCAGCAGCAAGCGUAGUAGGAAGAAAACCAUAGCCAUUGGCACUACUUCCUCCUCUGCUGCUCUCUUCGAAUCGCCUUCUCAUUCUCAUUUUCCUCCCAAAACCUUCGCCUCCAUCUCUGAUCUCAAGCAAAUGGCCUCAUCUCGCCUUGACGAUCUCAAGCGUCACGUUGAUCACUCUCACUCUCAGAUCGUCAAGGAUCUUGAUGCUUUCCACACUCGCCUCCAUAAGCGCUUCAAGAUUCAGAAUGAAGCAUGCCAAAAAGUGUCGGACGAAGCAGAGAAAGAACACAAGAAGAUAUCUGAACGGAUUUCUCAAAGUCAAGAAGCAAUAAUGAGUUCAUAUGUAGAGUUCAUGGCAGAUGUACAGGCCAACGCAUCCAUUGCAUGCAAAACAUCCAUCACCAAGCUAUCACAAUCCUUUGAGAAAGCUAUUGAUGGUCUCCGAAGCCGUUAUGGUGUUUCAUCUUCUUAGCCAUUGCUUGAACGUUCCAUUCAUUGACGGGAGUCCGAGGUGAAUUUCCUAAUUCUGAAUGCCUUCAGCCAUUAUUUGGCCACACAUUGGUUGACUAAUAAUAUGUGAAAUGCAUGAUAUGCGUCCUGUAACCUUGGUAUUAUCUUGCAUGUACAUUCUGAGUAUCAGUAUUUCUAUGGAUGUGGGGUUUUCAA